CUGGAAUACGGAUGUGAGACUGGAGCACCAGAUAAAUUAACACUUAUUCUUGUCCUCGCUGCAGCAUCGCUCCUUUUUCUGAGGAAGGCCAAAUGCCUGUUACUCAACCCGGUCGGAUUGCGUCGCUAGUUGCACGAUUUGAGAGUCAACCGGUAGGAGGUGGGCUGCCGCCCCUACCAGGAGAAUGGGAAAAGGAGAGGAAGGAUGAGAAACCAAGUAGACGGGAACGAACGCAGGUCACACCUCAACAGCAUACAAUGACCUUCAACCACCCAUCAGCAAUCCCCGCCCGUCAAUCUUCCCGUCCGACGACAACCAAUGUACGCACAUCAACAUCGCGUUCAUCAGUGACGUCCCAUAAACAACUGCCACUACAUCUUCCACCGCUACCCACAGGACCUCUAACAUCGUUACCGGUGCACCUACCCCCUCUUCAACAUCACCCUCUGUUCCGAAAGGCUUCUUCGACUCCACGAGAGUCGUCGCCCCUGCCUCCAAUUCAGCCCAUAUCGAAAAUGAAACCACCACCUGGACUCGAAGAAACAAUUGCUAAGAACAUGAGUGGACAAAUGUUGCUGAAAGAUGGUAAAACUACCAUGAGACAGCUGUUUGCGAACGAGAGAAGGGCGAAGAAAAAUAGUUUGGAUCCAUUCUGGACGCAAUGAACGCUCUUUCUCUUGAUCAAGAGGCUUGGCUUCGAGAGGCUUUGAUCUUAUGUAGAUACUAAUAGUUGUUCAUAGCACUAGGAUGGUUGCUGGUCAACCGACGUAUGAUGUGAAUCUAGCUAGCAAUUCAGUAUGAUAAGCUAGACCACAAUAGAUAGUCUGCGUCACUAAUUCCUGACGGUGAAUCCAAUAUCCAAAAAAAGGGGUCACGACGAC